ACAAUUAAAACACACAAAUUAAAAUCCCAUCCAUAUAAUAUAAUAUAAUGAAGGCGUUAUUACUGAUCUUGCUGCUUUCACUCGUCUCCUUCCCACACCACGAGAUCGCCGGCGCGUCGUCGCUGCCGUCUCCGGUCCGCGACAACAAGGGCGAAGUGGUGAAAGUGGGCUCAAACUAUUUCGUCCUCCCGGUCACGCGCGGCCGCGGCGGCGGACUAUACCCGGCCAACAUAAAAUCAAACGCGACCAUUUGCCCGCUGGACGUGAUCCAGGAAGCCGAUGAAGUCCAGAAAGGCAUACCCGUGGUACUCGAGCCCUACAACAACGCCACCACCGGCGCCGUGGUCCGCUUAUCCACUGAUCUCAAUGUCAGGUUCUUCACGCCGACCAUCUGCGCCAGGAAGACGGUGUGGAAAGUCGACGCCUACGACGAGUCGGUGAGCAAAUAUUUCGUGAAGACCGGAGGGGUCGAAGGAAAUCCCGGGCCUCAAACGUUAAGCUUUUGGUUUAAGAUCCAGAAGUAUAAGAGCGUUUACAAGUUUGUGUUUUGUCCGACCGUGUGCAACUAUUGCAAGGUUAUCUGCAAAGAUGUCGGAAUCUUUGAGCGGAACGGGGUGAGGUUUUUGGCUUUGACUGAUGAUGUUCCAUUCAAGGUUAUAUUUGAGAAAACUUUCUGAGUUGGCUGAUCGAGCUGAGGUUUCUCUCUGCUAGCUUUCUCAUGUUUCAAUCACAUAAAACAUAUAUGUUAUAUACUAUAUAAUAAUUAAUGUUUCUACAACAAAACGAUGAGUAUAUUGUGUCAUUAAAACAAAUUACGUGACAAUAUAAUCUCUAGUCAAUUUUUUUGUAUAAUGCCUUUAAUUCAAGACAUAAGAUAAGUCGGUUUGUAGCGGAGUACCCUUACAUUAUUAUUGUAAUAAGAUUAAAUUAUAUACAUUUAAAAAACACUACUUUUGCAAAAUCCGAGGCGCAAGAGACCUCCCAAACUCCAAAUACUAUGGUCUCGCAGGGAAAUAUCAGCUGAAUUCAUAGCUUUUCACAAUACUAAAUAGUAUAUAUACGAACUUUCCGAAUCUUUCUACACAAGCUUUUCACAGUUCGAAUUCAUAGCUGAAUCUCUCUCAUACGAAAACCCUUUCUUCACCAUUUUUCCAUUCCCAGCCGAGUGGUUCGGAGCUCGAUUCGAGCUCUUCGCCGCCUUUGUCGCCCGCCUCAGACUCGUAUCGCGACUCUCUCGUGUAGAGUUCGAGUGGUUCGGAACUCGAUUCGAGCUCUUCGCCGCCGUUGUCGCCCGCCUCAGACUCGUAUCGCGACUUCUCAUGUAGCGUUUCAGAUGUGAAAACAACAUGGAAAUGGUUUGGCCAGAAAGGCAUAAAAUUUUGCAUUAAAUGUGAUAAUAGAGGUGAUGGCAAGGUGUUGGUUUGUAGUGAUAGUAAUUGCUCUAUAGUUGUUCAUGAGGAGUGCAUGGGAUGCCCAGCUAAAUUUGAUGACAGGGGAAACUUUUAUUGCCCAUUCUGUAUAUAUAGGCAAGCUAAGGUGAUAUAUAGGCAAGCUAAGGUAGAAUCACGUAGAGCAAGGGAAGAUGCGGCCUGCUUUAGGGGGAAAUCACCAUCAUCAAAAAGGGCUGACAAAUCAUCACCUGAAGAACAACUACUAGAUAGAGUUGUUGAAGAUUGCCAAGGAGAUGGUCACCUGAGAGAAAUACCUGAAAGAGAAGAGAACAUCAUGAAGAAAGCUGCACAAAUGCAAGCUGGCGGGAAGGAAAAUGAAGAUGGUGGUGGUGCAAAAGCUGACCAGGUGCAGGGAAAAGCACGUGAAUCUGCAGCAUCCUUCAUGAAUGAAGAACAUGAAUCCCAGUUGCGUAUGAAAGCAAAGAGAAGGGAUGAGACGGUGCUUCAACAUCUAUAGAAUUUGAGGUUGUUUUGGGACGACGCAACCGCAAUACAGAAACAAAUGAAAUUGAGCGUCAACCUUUAAAUUUGGAUUCUAAAAGGUCAAGCCGGACAGCUUUCUCACCAAAGAAAGUUGGACAGCUUUCUCACCAAAUUAAAGAAAGUUUCAGGGCUAACUGGGGAGACUAGUUCCCCUGACAAGUCGAAACAAGCUGAACAGUAUUCACCAUGGAAGUGAGUGUUCAGCUACUAGAGAAGAUAACUUACUUUUAUGUGCACAUAUUGCAUAUAAAUAUUUAUCUUCUCCUUUA